UUGCGGUGCCUAUCAGUGGAAGAGGAGCUAGUACAAUACAGCUAGUUGUAGUUAGCGGCGUCACACACACACACACACACGCACGCACACACACCGUUCCUGCAUGCAGGCUGACGCAUACGCUCAACGGCCACCGGUACCUUACUGAAUCACACAACAGGGACCAACAAUGGACCUAUUCGAGUUUGACUUCUUUAGGGACUGGGAGCUGGAGCAGCAGUGUCAUUACGAGCAGGACCGCUCAGCGCUGAAGAAGAAGGAGUGGGAGAGGCGGACGCAGGAAGUGCAGCAGGAUGAAGAUUUGUUCUCCACCGGCUUCAAUCUGUUCGGGGAACCAUACAAGACAAACAAAGGCGAUGCUCUGGCCAACCGUGUCCAAAACACUUUGGGCAACUAUGACGAGAUGAAGGAGCUCUUGACCAGCCACUCCAGCCAGAGUCACCUGGUGGGCAUUCCAAAGAACUCCAUCCCCCAGACCCCUGUGGAGAAGGUCGACCAGCCCAGCUUCUUCUCUGAAGCUCAGAGAAGCCGAGGUGCUUCAUCACAGCCGGGCAACCACGCCGCCUCCAUGCCCCCUCCACCUACCACUGCUCUGCCUGGCCCCAAUGUCCUCCACCAGGGCAACAAAAAGUCUCGCUCUUCUGACUGGUCCCGCGGGGCGCACAGCGCCAGCGGGGGCCAGACAGGUCAGCCUGCCGGCCGAGGCAAGCACCCAGGCCAUGACCAGAGUUCUGUCAGGCAUGAGCCCGAACAGGGUGAUGCAAGCCCCAGCACUGCCUCCACCUCGACCCACCCCAGCAGGAGGCACGGGCCAUCGGCCAAGGCACCAGCCCCCGCCGAGCUCGGACACGGCAAGUCACCCGGUGAGCAGGAGCCAGGAUCGCAUGGCUGUGGGUCACCUGUGGCCUCCACGUCGCUGCUCCCUGGAGGGCUCUCCACACCCACCUUCCCACAGGGCCUGCACUGUAAGUCCAGCAGUGCUGUGCAGCAGAAGCCCACUGCCUAUGUGCGGCCCAUGGAUGGCCAGGACCAGGUGCCCAACGACUCCCCUGAGCUAAAGCCCCCGCCUGAGAUUGGAGACAGCUAUGGUGGUGCGACCUUCGGGGCCCUGCUGGACGGCAAAGGCAGCACGGCAGGGAGCAAGGCCAAGCUUCCCAAACUGAAUCUGCCCCAGUCGGGCGAGGUCAGCCUGUCCAACGACUCCAGCUGUGUGGAGGAAAUUCUACGGGAAAUGACCCAUUCCUGGCCACCCCCCCUCACGGCCAUACACACACCAGGCAAAGCAGAACAAACCAAGUUUCCCAUCCCCACCAAGGACCACCAACACGUCCCGUCCGGAUACACUGGGCAAAAGCGCUGCAGUGUUCCUGGUAACAAGCCUGCAACCAAGUCAGUGCCACACAAGUCAAUGCUGGAAGAUGACCUGAAGAUCAGCAGUGAUGAAGAUGACUCUGAACAGGCCACAGAGAAGCCCAAGGCCAGGAGUGCACCUGCAAACCUCCCAGGGCCCACGCCACGGAGCAGUGAUCCGGCUGGCCACUCCAGCGGAGCAUCCGGGAGUUCCAGCGAAUCAGAGAGCAGCUCAGAGUCAGACUCCGACAGUGAAAGCAGCUCCAGUGACAGCGAGUGCAACAGAGCAACCCGUGCUGCUACACCAGAGCCUGAACCACCAUCAACGAACAAGUGGCAGCUGGAUAAGUGGCUGAACAAGGUCAAUCCACACAAUAAGGCCCUUACCAACACCCAGCCAGAGAGUCAUGGCCUCAGCCGUUCCCAGCCUGAGGAGGACCAGGCUGCUGAGAGCCAGAACUGCAGUAAGAGCAAGCCCAGCGCAUCUCUUGCACAAGCCGACUCCAAGGACCGGGCUUUGCUCAGUCCCAUCCGAGAAAAGGCUAAGCCCAAGAUGGGCCAGAAAGCUCCAGAUGGCAAGGGGGCCAAGGUGAAAACCCCUGCUACAGUGGAUCUGGCCCCAUCGCGGAGAAGCACAGGCAAGAAGCAGCCCAAGAAAGUCGAACGAUCCUCCAGUAGCGAGGAGCAUAAUUGGCCCAGGCCAGCGAACUCAAGCACUACCCAAAAGGAGAAAGAACCUCCACCUUUAGAACCAGCUAAGGCCAGAGGGAAAGCGCCAGGGGGCAAGACUGCCCCCAGAAAAGAGCCACGGUCCACUGCGGUAACCACCACUGCUGCCACCUCCACCACAGCUGCAGACAAGAAGAAACAUCGAGGGCCCAGUAAGAUAAUCCCCAAAUCAAAGGAGUUUAUUGAAACAGAGUCGUCCUCAUCAGAGUGCCACUCAGACCCUGAGGAGCUUUCAAAGGUACAUCUCCCCUGCCCAGGGCCUAGCAACCUGAACCUCAAAUCCAAGGACUGCAACAGCAAUAUCCUGAGUGUGAGCAGUCUUGCCAGCACCAGCAGCACUUCCAUCCCAGACCCGGGAACCACUGACCUCCUGGAGGAACCCUUCUUCUCGCCCAUUCCCAUGGUUCAGAAUGAGCUGCUGUCACCAUUGCGAGACUUUGAGGAUAUCAAGUCUCUGUGGGUCAAGAUUGAGCUCAGCCUCCUGUCACGGAUCCCUGGGCAGGACCCGCCUGAGCCACCACCCCCCACCAAGGCCGAGUGCCGGGAACCCAGCGUCAAGCACAGGCGACAGCAGUCACCCGCCUCCAUUCCCCCAGAGAAACCCACCAGCAAAUCGAAGAGGAAACACAAGUCGGAGCAUUGUGAGGUGUUGAGUGGGAGCAAGAAGUUAAGACUGGAGAAGGAGGCUCUGCUCCUGCCUCCCUGCAUCUCUCCCAUCCACAACCACAAAGUCUCCAGCACAAAAGACCGAGGAAGGCAGCCAAGGAAGCUCCUGCCACCAUUGUUGUCUCCGCUGUCAGACGAGCCAGUCGGCCGCCAACGGCGGUGCAGCGAGGGCAGCUCCCUCAGUGUGGAGGCGAGUGCGACUGCUCCCGCCACCAUCCCAUCUGUCCACGCACUGGCCCCUUUGUCCUCCUCUUCCUCCUCCUCAUCAUCCUCAUCACACAAGCACCGCAAAGGAGAAAGCAAGGCUCACUCCAAGAACAGCUGUCAGGAGGAAGACAGCCACUCUAAGCCCGCCAGCGGUUUCCAUGGCAACGGUCAGUCAGAGCCUGAUGUGUGGCCGAACCCUUCAUCUUUGUCAGUGGAGAAUAUGGAACCCAGAAGACCCAAACUCACAUUCAACAACACUGUUCAUAAUGCGGACUACUAUAUGCAGGAGGCCAAGAAGCUGAAGCACAAAGCCGAUGCCCUGAUGGAGAAGUUUGGCAAAGCCGUGAACUACGCCGAUGGCGCGCUCUCCUUCAUCGAAUGCGGCAGCGCCAUGGAGCGCGACCCGCUGGAGGCCAAGUCGCCAUACACCAUGUACUCGGAAACCGUGGAGCUCAUUCGGUACGCAAUGAGAUUAAAGAACUUCACCAGUCAUUCAGCUACGCUAGCAGAGAAGAAAUUAGCAGUGCUAUGCAACCGCUGUUUGUCCCUGCUGUACCUGCGGAUGUUCAAGUUGAAGAAGGAGCACGCGAUGAAGUAUUCCCGCUCGCUAAUGGAGUACUUCAAGAACUCGGCGAAAAGUUCCCAAGCACCUUCACCAUGGGGGGCCAAUGGAAAGAGUACCGGCACGCCCUCGCCUAUGUCCCUGAGCCCCUCCCCCAUCAGCUCGGUGAGCAGCAGCACUGGAGCCGUCGGCUCCUCCUCUUCCUCGUCGUCGUCAUCGUCAUCGGGCAGUGUAGCCAUCCCCCAACGCAUCCACCACAUGGCCGCCAGCCACGUCAACAUCACCAACAACAUUCUGCGCAGCUACGAGCACUGGGACACGGCCGACAAACUGGCCCAUGAAAGCCAAGAGUUCUUUCAGGAGCUGGACUCGGUAAUGGAGCCCCUGACACAGCACAGCAGCAUGACAGAGCUGGUGCGCUACAUCCGCCAAGGACUGCACUGGCUCCGCAUCGAGGCCCAUUUGUUAUAGUGCUGGCACUUCCACUGUGCUCUCCCUCCUUCUCUCCCUCCCUCUCUCGCUCUCUCCCCUUCCCUCUCCCUCACUCCCUACUUCUUUUUCUUGCUCUCUCCCUCCUCUUUCCUUCCGUUGCUCCUCCUUCCAACAUAUCGCCACCAGCACUGCCGUCUAGCGAGCCAUACCCCCCCCGAAGCAGUGGCUCCUCCCAGGGGUGCCCGACAGUCAGCACCAGACGGGGCUCUGUGGUCAUCUGCCUCUACAAAAAGGGAACAGCAGUGUGAGUGGAACACACAGUGCUGUAUCCUGGUCUUCGCAGGUUGCUUCUUGCCUCGCUUCAGGAACCAGUAUGGGCAUACAUUAUAAGAAAGCAGCACUGUUGUCAUCUCAGCUGUGACCAAGGUCAUAACAACAGAGGGACAUGAUGUCAUGAAAUAAUGGUGUAAGGGAAUUUGCACCAGCUCCCAGCCAUUACACCGACAAGACUGGGUUGUACUGCACAUGCCCACAAAUGGCUGCAGGAGGCUAGGCGAUUAGCCUUGGGAUGACCGCAUCUCUGUUUUCGAAGCAGACAAAGAUCUGAACUCUUAUUUUAUUUUGUACAGCACACAUGGUUUCCUAUGAAAUACCAUCUCAUUCUGUGGAGGAAGCACACAGGUGACCAGCGUGUAGUCCUGCUCUAUGUCAGUAUUGUUUCUUUGUAUUACAUCUGUGUCUGAGGGAUUGGUGGUCAAAGUGGUAGCAACAACACACACACACACAAAAAAGAGAUCCAGCCCUCCAAUGACCCGAUUUCUGCACUCUGCAGUGCCAAUAAUACCUAUUAGUAUGUAACACUCAUGUUGGCUUUAUUCCAAAGCUGAAUUCCUUAUAGGGACCACAUGUCUUAAAUUUGUCAGAGACUGUUUAUCGAAAGAUUCCCUGUGCAAUUGACUUGUACAGUACAUAUGCACAUAACAGAGAACAGUGUCUUCAUGGCUUGAUGGGUCUUUUGAUCUUUACAAUAUGUACCAUACCAACUGUGUUCUAUAUGACAACACUUUUACUAUUUGAUGUUUGUUCAAUCUUGCAUGUUCACAGGGAGUUAUAGAUAGUUCAGAAGGAGUCAGACAUCAUUUAUAAUUAUUCAAGCUCUUCAAAGUUUCUAAGUGUUCGGUGCUGUGUUUUUUUGUUGUUGUUUGAUUGUUUCUAUUUGUGUGUUUAUUUUGGGGGAUGGGAGGGAAUUAGACCUCUUGGUGUGAAAACACACAAUGUUAGGUUGUUAUCUAUAAAGAGUUUAGUGCCAGCUGUCAUUCACAAUACUUUAUUUACCCCCCCCAGCACCCCAAAAAUAAUCUGAACCUUCUAACCUGUAGAGUAGAUAUAUUGUAGCUUAAUGCCAUUUUGAACUGACAAAUACCCACAUUUGUCAUGAAAUGUGUUCAGCCUCUUUCAGCAGUUUCCACAGUAGCACCUUAAUGUCCACUGUCGAUAGCUGAUAUGCUGGCAGUGCAAGGCGAGCCAUUUCUCUGAGCUCUGCUGUUGUGUUCCAGUAGUGUGGGUGUGCAAGAAUGUGUACAAGUGUAUGUGAGAGGCGUGGUGUGGAGGACCGGGGGCCAGAUUCUGAGUGGCAGCUUCAGUUUCGUUAUUUAGACUGCACAGCUUCUUGAUUUCGGUUGCAGACCAUCUUUGAGAGUCUGAAUGUGCGAGAGAAAGAUUGUGUGUGUGUGUGUGUGUGUGUGUGUGUGUGUGUGUGUGUGUG